GUCCCGUGGGGCCGGCUAUGGGGCACAGGGCGGAGUCCCCGGGGCUGGCGGCAGGAGGGUCCCGUGGGGCCGGGGUUGCAGCCCUGGGCGGGGGGUGAAGCUCCAGGUGGACCCCGCCCCGGACGGCGCUGGGGCUGCCGCGGAGCCUCCUGCUCACCCGGCUGCAGAGCCCACCCGGCUCACUCAUGGCUGCGGCAGAGCCCGCUUGGGGAAGGGACUCUCAGCGAGCUGCGGGUGAGUCUGCCCCAGGGAGGGGGUGAUGUGCCGGAGCCCUGCCUACUGGGGUGUGAGCCGCAUGGGAUGGAUAAGGGAAGGGGAAAUCCCUUGGGAUGCUCAGUAGGGGGCACCCAGUGCAGCCCCAUCGGUGAGGGGCUGUUGGAAUUGGCCUCCCAAGGGCUUCCCCUGGUGCAGCGGGAGCCUCCAGGCAAUGACAGUCACCCUGGGGCUGUAGCUCCUACGGAGUGUGACCUCCCCCAGACACAGGGUGGUGCCACCCUCCCAUCCCCAGGAGGUCUCCCUGACCUCACCUCUUUGCUUCCUCCAGAAGGAUGCUCUGUCCCCCUGCUGGACCCGGCGUCCUGGGUGGAAGGGGAGAACGUGUGGGUGCUGGAGCUGCAGCCCUACGGCGAUCCCAGUGCAGGUGACGAAGCGGUAAAGCUGGAGCCGCAGGGGCCGUUCCUGAGAAGCUCUGUGAAGGCUGUAAAGCAGGAGACGCCGAAGCCAGGCGUAGCAGGGAUGCCGGAGCCGGAGGGGCCGUUCCUGAGAAGCUCUGUGAGGGCUUUAAAGCAGGAGAUGCCUGAGCCAGGCAUAGCAGGGAUGCCAGAGCCGGAGGGGCCGUUCCUGAGAAGUGCUGUGAGGGCUGUAAAGCAGGAGAUGCAAGAACCAGGCGUAGCAGGGAUGCUGGAACCGGAGGGGCCGUUCCUGAGAAGCACAGCGAGGGCUGUAAAGCGGGAGACAUUGGAGCCGGAGGGGCCGUUCCUGAGAAGCUCUGUGAGGGCUUUAAAGCAGGAGAUGCCCAAGCCAGGCAUAGCAGGGAUGCCGGAGCCGCAGGGGCCGUUCCUGAGAAGUGCUGUGAGGGCUGUAAAGCAGGAGAUGCCGGAGCCAGGCAUAGCAGGGAUGCUGGAGCCAGAGGGGCCGUUCCUGAGAAGCACUGGAGAGAACAUUCCCUGGAUCCCGGAGCAGGGCAGAGCUGGCGGGAGCCAGCACCGGGCAGAGAGGAGGAACACUCCACGGAGGAGGCAGGGUAAGAACAGCUGCUAUGACCCUCUGCCGGGGAGGCAAGGGGGCAGCCCCCUGCGGGACAUCACUGUGCCCCAGAGCGCAGCUGCAGGGGGGCCACCCCACACGUGUGCCACCUGUGGAAAGAGUUUCAGCCGCCGCUCCAAGCUGAGCUCCCACCAGAGGAACCACACUGGAGAUAAACCCCACAGCUGUGGGGACUGUGGGAAGGGCUUCCUGUGGCGCUCGGACCUGCUCCGGCAUCAGCUCAUGCACACGGGGGAGCGUCCCCACCACUGCUCCCAGUGUGGCCGUGGCUUCAGCCGGGCCUCGCGGCUUCUGCAGCAUCAGAGAGUCCACAUGGAAACCAGCCACGGAACAGAGGGCAGCCCAGUGCCAAGUGUGCUGCAGGGAGUACACGGGGAGCCUGGCCAUGGAGUGGGGCGGACCCCAGGGCUGAGCGAGGGCCAGAGGGUCCACUUGGAGCCUGGCCAUGGGGUGGGGCAGAGCCCGGGGCUGAAUGAGGGCCAGGGAGUCUACGUGGAGCCCGGCCACGGUGUGGGGCAGAGCCCGGGGCUGAAUGAGGGGCUGGGAGUUCACGCAGAGCCCGACCAUGGAGUGGAGCGGAGCCCAGGGAUGAAUGAGAGCCAGGGAGUCCACUCAGAGCCCGACCACGGAGUGGGGUGGAGCCCGAGGCUGAGUGAGGGGCAAGGAGUCCACGUGGAGCCUGGCCAUGGAGUGGGGCGGAGCCUGGGGCUGAGUGAUGGGCAGGGAGUCCACGCGGAACCUUGCCACGGAGUGGGGCAGAGCCUGGGGCUGAGUGAGGGGCAGGGAGUCCACGUGGAGCCUGGCAAUGGAACAGAGAGGACCUGGGCUCUGAGUACGCUGCAGAGAAGCCAUACAGAGCCUGCCCAUGGAGGGGAGGGCAAUGUGGAACAGAGCCCAACUUUGUUUGCACUGCAGGGAGUCCAUGGAGAGCUCUGUCAUGGAGCGGGGUGGAGCCCGGUGCUCACCACACUGCAGGGCAUCCACACAGAGCCUGGCCACAGAGUGGGGCGGAGCCUGGGGCUGCAUGAGGGGCUGGGAGUCCAUGCAGAGCCAGCCCACGGAGUGGGGCGGAGCCCGGGGCUGAAUGAGGGGCAGGGAGUCCUCGUGGAGCCUGACCAUGGAGUGGGGCACAGCCCAGGGCUGAGUGAGGGGCAGAGAGUCCAUGUGGAGCCCAGCAAUGGAGCAGAGAGGACCUGGGCUCUGACUACGCUGCAAGGAGUCCAUGCAGAGCCCUGCCACGGGGCGGGGUGGAGUCCAGUGCUGACUACACUGCAGAGAAGCCACGCGGAGCCUGCCCAUGGAGGGGAGGGCAAUGUGGCACAGAGCCCAACCUUGUUUGCACUUCAGGGAGUCCACGGAGAACCCUGCCAUGGAGCGGGGUGGAGCCCGGUGCUCACUACACUGCAGGGCAUCCACGCAGAGCCGGGCCAUGGAGUGGGCUGGAGCCCAGUACUCACUACACUGCAGGGCAUCCAUGGAGAGCCAGGUCAUGGAGCAAGGUGGAGCCCAGUGCUAACUACACUGCAGGGCGUCCAUGUGGAACCCUGCCACGGAGCAGGGUGGAGCCCGGUGCUCACUACGCUGCAGGGUGUUCAUGCAGAGCCAGGCCACGGACCGGGGUGGACCCCAAUGCUCACUACACUGCAGGGUGUCCACGCAGAGCCAGGCCACGGAGCAGGGUGGAGCCCCAUGCUCACUACGCUGCAGGGAGUCCACGGGGAGCCCUGCCAUGGACAAGAAUGGAACCCAGCCCUGAAUGCAUUGCAGGGCAUCCAUGGGGAGCCCAGCCACAGCCCAGAAGGGAACCCGGCACUGAUUGCCUUGCAGAGGGUGCACGCAGAGCCCUGGCACGGCGCAGAGGGUAAUGUGGCACAAUGCCCAACUGUGUUUGCGCUGCAGAGAAUUCAUGCAGAGCCCUGCUACGGCACUGAGGGACCCGCGGCCCAGAGCCUGGAACUGAUUGUGCUGCAGAGAGUCCACGGGGAGCCCUGCCAUGAAGCAGAGGGGAGCUCAGCCCUGAUUACCCUGCAGGGAGUCCACGGGGAGCCCUGCCACGGCACCGAGCAGAGCCCGGCACUGCAUGCAGUGCAGACAGUCCACGGGGAGCCCUGCCACAGCACCGAGCAGAGCCCGACACUGAGUGCAGUGCAGACAGUCCACGGGGAGCCCUGCCACGGCACUGAGCAGAGCCCGGCACUGCAUGCAGUGCACAGAGUCCAUGGGGAGCCCUGCCACGGCAUCGAGCAGAGCCCGGCACUGAGUGCAGUGCAGACAGUCCAUGGGGAGCCCUGCCAUGGCACCGAGCAGAGCCCGGCACUGAGUGCAGUGCAGACAGUCCACAGGGAGCCCUGCCACGGAGCAGAGAGUCCCAUGGCCCAGAGCCUGGCGCUGGCUGCGCUGCAGAGUCUCCAGGCCAGAGAGGCUCAAUGUGUCAUCACUGAGCAAGGGGGAGGCCUGGCUGAGACCCCCCCAUCCCCCGUGGCCUUGGUGCAGGAGAAUCUCUUCCAAUGUCCCGAGUGCCAAAAGUGCUUCAGCCGCAGCUCGUACCUGGUGAAGCACCGCCGGAUCCACGGGGCGGGGAAGCCCCACCAGUGCCCCCAGUGUGGCAAGUGCUUCAGCCAGCGCUCGUACCUCUGCAAGCACCGCCGCAUCCAUGCCGUGGCAGCCGGCAAACCCCACGAGUGUGCGCUGUGCGGCAAGCGCUUCAGCCUUCGGUCCUACCUCUGCAAACACCGCCGCAUCCACACAAGAUAGAGCCGGUCCCCGGGCCCUGCACGGGCUGUGCACAGCACUGGAGCCAAGGGGCCACCGCCCCGUACCCACAGAGCCAUGGUACAAACAGCCCAUGGAGCGUGCCAGCAGAGCCCACGACACAGAAGUGCUACCGGCGGAGCUGGCAGGCUCCUCUCUCCGGCACGCGGUGGGAAAGGGAGCGCUGGGUGAGGCUGGGGCCUUGUGGGAGUGGCUGGUGGGAACAGAGGGGAGAACUUUCUGUGCCAUGUUCUGUAGUGUUUUCUGUCAAUAAACAGUUUCGAAGAGGGGGAAAUGCUCCCUUGUAAA